UUUGUUUCAAGAUACCAUAAUUGUUACCGUCUAGGUUUUGAUGCAUCGAUUCGAUUUUGCCUUUCUUUGUUUCCAUACAAUUUUCAUGCUGAAAUCUUGAUAAUCUCCUUAAAAAUGGCCCAUCCAACUAAAGAAGAAUUGAGGCAAGAAAUUUCACAAAUACUUGAAGGAGCUGAUUUGUCAGCAUUGUCAUCCAAGAAAGUGAGACUGAAACUUCAGGAUUUUUUCAAAGUAGACCUUUCUGAUAGGAAGAAAGAGAUUGAUCAGCUUUUGAUGGCUCUUAUAGCGGAUGGCCAAGCUACUUCAUCAGCUAAGGAGAAAGAAUCCAAGGAUGUCCCUCAAACCAGUGGAGAACACAGCAGAAAGAAAGGAGACACUCGUCACUCUGAUUCCUCCUCUGAUGAACUAAGAGAUGGAAGCCCACCUGUUAAGAGAAAGAAAAAGAAGAAGAAAGAAGGCUCAAAACCAGCUACCAAGACGAAAAAGAAGGAGAAGACUUAUAAAAAAGAAACAAAAUCAGGAAAGAAGAGGGAGGCACCCAAGAGCAAAGCUAAUGUGGAGGAUUCAGAUGAUGAACAGACAAUAAAUGAUGAGGAGUUGGCAUGGAAACUACAUCAGGAAGAGAGUAGAAGAUCAAGAACCAGAAACCAUACCACCAGGAGAAUAACUUCAGUCAAAUCCAAAUCAACUUCCAAGAAAGUAAAUGGGGCCUCUAAGGAUAAGGGUAAAAGAGGAUACAGUGCAGAUAUGAUAUUAUCUCCAGAACUUGCCAAAAUCAUUGGAACAGACAGGCUGUCAAGACAUGAAGUUGUAAAAAAGAUGUGGGCAAUUGUCAAAGAAAGAGAUCUUGUGGAUCCAAAGAAUAAGCAGUUUCACAUAUGUGAUGAUGAACUAUUCAAAGUAUUCCGUCGGAGAAGAAUUCGGACGUUCAGUAUGAUGAAAUACCUGAAAGGACACAUCAAAGACCCAAGGAAUCUUACCAUACCUGUAUAGCUUUUCAUCUUGCCUUUCUACCUUUAAAGGGAUAUGUCAGAACUGAUGAUGGAGCUAAAUGGUUUGCGGUAAAUCUCAACUCCUGAGAAAUGCCGAAAAGUAUAUGUGUUAGUGGUGAACAGUCCAAUUUUUCAUUUAAAAAAUCACUGUGAUGAUGCCACGUUUCAUUUUACUUUUAAAUAUAUUGUCUUUCUGUGGCACACUUUGAAUAGUUAAGAUUUUUUUUUCAGGCAAAAUGGGACCUUUAUGUUCACAUCUUUCUUUUUGUGGUGUCUCCCUGAAAUGAUCUGUGUCUAUUUUCUAGUUCAUAUGAAAGGUUGUAAUGUUAUCAAAUGUAGCUUGAACUGUUGAUAAAAAUGAAGUAAAAAGGGAGAAAAUAGGGGUCAAAUGUACACUACACUACACACUACAAAUCGGACGCAUCCGAGAACGAAUCAACAAUGGUACGCCGGGCUUCGCGAUCUGACCUGAGAGUUGGGAAUCGGUCGGUACUAAAGGGUUGUUUAUUUGAUGGAAUUGUGCUUUCUUAACAAGAACUACAGGGUUUGCAUAAGGACUAUUGCUUGGCUCUAUUAUCCCUUGAUCUAACAAUUGCCUUAAAGUGUCCUUCACUUCUUUGACACAAUGUGGGGGGAAUUCUACGAUAAUUGUGGAUCGGUAUAUGAGGUGUCAGUUGAUGAUUGUCUUGAAGGGGUGGCUAGUACUAGUAAAAUACACACGGAUAGUAGUUUGAUUCAACAUUUCGGUCCCGUACCAGAGAGGGGGUUUGGCGUUUAAAUCACCUGAAUUCUGAUACUCAUAAUUCUUGUUCUGUGAUUGUUUUCAUAACUCCCAACCCUGUGUCUGGAUAUGACCAGGGGCCCGUUGCAGAAAGAGUUGCAAUCAAUCGCAACUCUAAAAAUCAUGCGCAACUUGAUUUUCAACCAAUCAACAGCGCGCAUUUUGGACUUGCGAUUGAUUUUUUGGCUUGCGUUUAAACGCAACUCUUUCUGCAACGGGCCCCAGGUCUACCACAGUAGAAACAACCUCGACUUCAUAUAGAUAUAUCACUGACCAAAUAGAUCUAUCACCAGAAUCAGUAUAUCCUUUUACAUAGGAAAUUCUGUAUAUAUUUUGGGACUUUAAGAUUUGAAUGUAAUAUUGGUGACUAGCUGUCGGGUACAGCUAGCGUAUUUGGGUCUGACUCUGCGCAAUUGAGGAGUAGGACAAAAUUUUGAACACACAUACAUGUAACAUGGAUGGAUGAUGAUUAAAAAUUUAUAAUUGCCUUUUCUUUAUUUUUGUUACAUUUAUUUCUUAAAAUAGGAUGGAUACAAUCUUUUUAAUAAUACUAACUGGAUUUAUAAAGCGCUUUUUGCCAGAGGAUACAAAGCGCUGCUAUUAUUACCCCGGCGUUAGCUCGAGCUACCAUCACCGGCGCUCAAUGCAUGCAAGGAAUUACUCCUACCGGGUACCCAUUCACCUCACCUGGGUCGAGUGCAGCACAGUGUGGAUAAAUUUCUUGCUGAAGGAAAAUAUGCUAUGGCUACGAUUUGAACCCACGACCCUCUGUUUCAAAGGCGAGAGUCAGAACCACUAGACCACGACGCACCCAUGAUUUUAUUUUGAUUUUAUUAGAUAAAGAGGGCGUGUGGUGCAUUUUAAAGGACAGCCACACGCCAGACACCAGUGCAUUUAAAAAAUGGCACUGGUGAACAUGGACCCCCAUCUAACUUUUUGUUUGCAAGAAAAAUACAGAUUCUUGCUUUUAACCCUAAUAAGACUGGGAGGGGGGAGCUGAUUCAGCCCCCCUCAACAUUUUUGGCGAUAAAUUCACUGCGCAAAUUUUUUUUACUGCGUCGCUCACUUUUGAGACCAAAAUUGCGAUCCCCUGGUACGUGGCUAAGAAUUUACGCAACAUUUUGUAAGUGCAUGCAGACCCAAACUUGCUCAAAAACAUGAAUUUGUGUACAAAUUCAAUGCAAAUGGUGUUUUUAGCCAAAAUUCAUAAAUGCAUCAUUUUUAUUCCUUGUACUGAUUAAAAUCAAUUGAUUUGAUCUUGUUUAUGGUCAAGUCCCCAAUAAUUUCCAUUGAAAAAACAAUUUUAACAAAAGUUGAAAAACAGAGAAAUACAUAAGAAAUAUAGAAAACAAUAAAAUACAUAAGAAAAUAAAUGUGAUGUUGAAAUUUUCAAAGUACAUUUGAUAAGAUUCCUAUAAAGAGUCUGUAAACCAAAAAUUUGCAAUUUAGGGGCAUUAUUUAGUUAAUUUGAGCAAAAUUGAUUUUACACAUAAAUUAGCGUAAUUGAUAAGCAAUGAUUUUACACAUAAAUUAGCGUAAUUGAUAAGCAAUGAGAUUAUUAUAUUUUUCCAAUUCAGAAACAAAUUCUUGAUUGGCAUGUUUAUAAGCAUUACACAAACUUAAAUGACACCAAAUAUGUUUGCUUUCUGUAAAGAGAUACUCUACAUUAUAUCCUUCUUUUAUGAGAAGCAUGUAAGCCCAUUCCAUGGAUACUAGUUUUAAUUACAUGUUCCUCAUUUAAAUGCUGCAAAGAGAGCAAUUCCUCUAAAAUAAAUGAUUUUCUCUAACACUUUUAUAUUUAGGAGUAUCUUGAGUGAUUUCUGUAAAUCAAAAGACUAAAAUGAUUAUUAUUCUUAAACCAGAAGGUCCCAUUAACAAAUUUCUUUGGUAUGACUCAACUGGGAUCACACUCGCAACCUUCCUUUUAUGAAUAAUGAAAUAUCCCUUCCUUUUAUGAAUAAUGAAGUAUCCCUUCCAAUUGCUAUUUUCUUGCCAUGAAAAACAGAUGAAAGCUGCAAAUGGUUUUGUUUCAUUAUGUUAAUGUAAGAUUUUUUAAAGUGUAGAAGUUUGUUAAAUAAAGAGAAUUGUUAAGUCAUGAAAAAAGAAAGAAAUGUUUAAGGUGACUAAUGUAAUUAGACAUAUAAUGGUAAUGAUUAUGAUAAUGAUUAUGAU